GGGCUUCAUUUCUCCGCGACCCGUCGCCUAGACAACCGACUGCAGCGAGAUGGAGCGGUUACCCGGAGGGAUAGUGGGGCCAGAUCCGGGAGCCCUGAGCCCAGAGCAACUGGAGCAGUUGCGAGACUUCAAGAUCCAGACUCGGAUCGCAAAUGAAAAGUACUUGAGGACCCACAAAGAGGUGUCGCUGCUCAUCAGCGGCUUCUUCAGAGAAAUGUUUCUGAAAAGACCAGAGAACAUCCUGGAAUUUGCCGCGCACUAUUUCACGGAUCCAAGACUUCCCAACAAGAUUCACAUGCAGCUAAUUAAAGACAAGAAAGGAAUCUAAUUAGCAAAGCCACAACACUCAGCUGCUCGGAGAAGCCAGAAGGAAUCCAGCCUUGGGGUCAGCUGGAGGCCUGAGAGCCCUGUUACCGUCACUAUGGGUUUCCAAGCUGUGUGGGCUUCUUCCUGUCACAGAGCUUUCAGAGAUCCCCAUUAAAUCCAGACCUGCCUGCC